AAAUUGGAUCUGGAAACAUGGUCCAACCCGAAACCGGACCGGAUACUGCUUAAAGACCGGACCAUACAAACAACUGUUUGACCAACAAUCCCUUUAUGACGGACACUGUCUUCCUCAAUAGAAAUGCGGUUCCAAGCAGCUCCGGCAAAGUAGCAAGGCAACUGCACGUCUGCGAAGAUGACCGGCACGGCGCUAUCAGCUCUCGGCGCGCCUUUCAGUGAACACGCCGGCGCCGCCGGAAACUCAUCGAAUGAUUCGUAUUUGAACUCUUUCCGCAUCUCUGCCGCCGCAGGUCGAUUAGCUCUGCAUGUUUCCCCGCAAGAAAUAAACAACGUCGUAGAGUUCUGCCAGCUCUGCCUUGCCCUAGCCAGAGGCAUUGACCGUGCUCUUUCAAGCCAUGAUAUUCCCAACAAAGCUUUUGAGUUACCUUCAUUGUUUAAGCAGGUGUGUAGGCGGAAAGGUGAUGCUUUUAUGCAAGCUGCAAUCAUGGUUCUUAUGAUUUCUGUUAAGAGUGCUUGUCAGAGUGGGUGGUUUUCUGAAAAAGACUCUGAAGAUCUAUGCAAUCUUGCAAAUGAGGUUUCUAGCAGUUUCUGCAGUUCAACAAAUUUCAAAUGUGAACCUAGCAGUUCUUUAUCUAUUAUCUCAAUGGUUAUGUCCAGGUUCUAUCCUCAAUUAAAACUGGGUGAGAUAUUUGCCUUUUUAGAAGUCAAGCCCGGAUAUGGCACUUUCAUCAAUGACUUUCAAAUAUCGAAGAAUGUGAAGAUUUCUCCAGAAGCGAAAUUAAGAUUACUGGUUGUUCAAAUAGAUAACACAGAGACAUCAUCAUGCCUUGUGAACCCCCCUCUGGCAAACUUUCUUCUCAAUGGGAGGGGAGUGGAAAAGCGAACAAACACAUCAACUGAUACUGGACCUCAGGUUCCAACAAUUGUAUCGCAUAUGCUUAAAUAUGGAACAAAUCUUCUUCAGGCUGUUGGCGAAUUUAAUGGAAACUACGUCGUUACUCUUGCCUUUAUGAGCAUGGUGCCAACUCCAGACCCUGCCACUCUUCCAGAUUAUGUGCAACCUGCUCCAGCAUCAAAAGAUCCAGAUUCUGAGAUAAUUGAGGGACCAUCAAGGAUUUCUCUAAAUUGUCCUAUAAGGUAUGCUGCUUUCUUGUCCAAGGCUUCUUUUGGUGUUGACUCGAUGAAAUAGACUAAACAUCUUUUGUCCAUGUCAAGAAGAAAUCCUUUUACACCCACCUCCACUGAACUUCAUUCUUUUCUGUGUGUGAGUUGUGAACAAAACAGAAAUGUUAGUGUUAAUAGAUUAGGAUAUCGAUUGGGUCCAAGGUCGGCUAUAGUUAGCUGUGUGCAUUGGAGGAAGUUAAAUUUGGGUAUUAGGGUGCAAGAGUUAUUUCUCUUGUUGCCAGUAGCUGGAAGAGAAAAGAAGAUUCCAUCACUUCUCAGAUUAUAUUGAUUGUUUAUUAUGAUUUGUAUUGCUUGAGAGGGUAAUAUAAAUAGGCAUCUUGCUUUAUGAUAGAUUUCUAAAGUACGUAAUAUGGAUAUAAAUUAAUACUGCCCUACUAAAAAACUAUGCAGCAUAAUAAUUAAUUAACUUUCUAAGCAAAAGGGCUGCAUCCACAUAGACUCCUCUUCCAAUUAGAUAUGCACAUCAUAUGGCAAUUAUGCCUGAUGGAAAGAAGUGAAGGUCUCUUGGAAACAACAUCUCCACUUUCGAGUAGGGGUAAGGUCUGCAUACACACACCCUCCCCAGACUCUACAGUUGUGGGAUUUUUACUAGGUUUGUUGUUGUUGGGAAAGUGGUGGAGGUUUCCGUUUGAAGCAUUUCUCUUUAAUGAUGACAAUAAGCAUUUAUAGUUCUA